AUGUGGUCAACGACUGUCGACCCCGAACUGCGAAUGCUGACGCCAGAUGGACUCUCGCUCGCCAUCAUUAUCGUAUCAUGCGUGUUCCUCGUAUUCUCGGUGAUUUGCGUCGGACUACGAACCCGGAUCCGUCUGAUCGAGCGCACCUUCGGCCUUGACGAUGGCCUCAUGUUAGCAGGAACGAUCGUGUACAUGGCGUGUGCAGGACUCGCAAUCUACGGCUGCUUCGUCGGUCUCGGCAGGCUCGAAGAACACUUAAACGCCUGGCUCUGGGCUGAGGCUCUCAAGAUUUAUGUCGUCUGGAUUCUGGUCUACGUUGGCGCGUUGGCGUUGGUCAAGUCAUCGGUCUGCCUUACGAUUCAACGCAUCGUCACGACGGACAGAGCCCUUAGGAUUACCGUCUGGGUUCUUCUGGGACUCACGUGGGCGUCCUUCUUCAUCACCUUUAUCGGAACUCUGCUCUACUGCCAACCGGUCGAGGCUUUGUGGACACCAACAAUGAUUCUGGCGGGUACGGGAAGCUGCGCGAAUGUCGACGUCCUCAUCGCCAUCGGUCACGUUGCCACUAGUUCCGCCAUCGUUACGGACUUGGCUCUCGUCGUCGUCCCUGCGGUGAUGCUUUGGGGAACUCAGAUGAAGACCCAGACCAAGCUCCAGGUGUUUGGAUUGUUGUCCUUUGCUUCUGUAGCCGGAAUCAUCACGAUGAUCCGUAUUCCCUAUGUCAACCACUUCAAGGCGCAAACAAACCUCCAGUUCUGGGUUGCCCACACCGUCCUCUGCUCCAACGUCGAGACUGGCAUCGGCUGCAUCGCUUCUUCGGUCCCGUCCCUCCGCCGCUUCAUCGCUCGCACCCGCGGAACCACAGCGGAAAACUCAGCACCCAGCGGCAACAACCACAGCGCGGGACUCUUCACGUUCGGCAGCAAGCCGGUCGAGAGAAGCCGCGACCCGUACCGCAACCCAACAGAUGUGGGCUUCAGUCUGGCCACCGUGCACGGCAGGGGCGACGACAGCUGGGAACGCCUCCAGGAUGGCGACUCCGACAAAGGGGACCUGAUCCCGAACAGCCAGAAGAACGGUAUCCACAAGCAGUUCACCUACACGGUCGACGUCGAGACGGACUCGAGCGUGAAGACUUCAAGGUCUGGACACAGCCGGUAG